UCAAUGUGCGGAUAAUGAUGAAGCUGCCAAUGGUCAGGGAGCAUUGGAUAUCCGAUUUGAAAACGAUCCCUGUCCCAAUCACUUUGACUUAUGCUGCGACAUGCCCCUGAAGACCUCCUUUUCUACACCAUCUCUCAAAAAAUGCGGCAUCCCCAGCUCUAAUUCCGACAAGAUCAACAUUCGCAUCACUUCCAACUCGGAGAAAACCUCCAUCGGCGAGCUUUCCUGGACGGUAUUACUACUUGAUUCUUCCUCCCUCUUCUCAUCCAAAGAACGAAACUCAUUUAUAUGCGGCGGAUCCCUAAUCCAUCCGCAGGUGGUUAUAACAGCAGGUCAUUGUGUCGCUACUAGUAAGAGCGAAUCGGUAAAAGUGCGAGCAGGAGAAUGGAAUAUCAAGAACAAGGACGAGCCCCUCCCACACCAGGAUGUAACCGUGAAAGAAAUCCUUUUGCAUCCCCAAUACAAACCUGGAACACUGUGGAACGACAUCGCCUUACUUAUCCUAAAUCAACCGUCCUCUCUAACAGAGAACGUCGGCUUCAUUUGUCUGCCCGCGGGAAAAUUUAAAGUUGACGAACGGAAUUGCCUGGCAAGUGGGUGGGGGAGGAGAGAAAUGGAAAGGCAGAGGUUAUCGGCGGUGUUGAGGAAGGUAACUGUGCCACUAGUGAGGAAGAGGACAUUUCAACGGGCUUUAAGACAGACGAAGCUGGGGAAGAAAUUCAGGCUGCAUAAGAGUUUCAUAUGCGCGGGAGGAGAACGGAAUAGGGAUACAUGUAAGGGGGAGGGAGGUUAUCCGCUGAUUUGUCCAGUUCUGGGUGAGGAGGACAGGUAUAUGCAAGUAGGAAUCGUGUCAUGGGGGAUGGGCUGUAGGGGGAAUAACAAACCGGGAGUUUAUACAAGUGUAGCAUUAUAUGUUUGGUGGAUCGAAGAAAAGAUGAAGAAGAAUAAUUUCAAUAUUAGUUAUUACAAAAUGUAA